UCUGGUUACUUGUAAUCACUGAUUAUAGAACCUGUCUGAUUCUUUCUCUCUAACUAAUGAACUUUAAACUCAAUGAAUGAGGGAUUCCUCCCCACCCCCACUAGAUUUUUUAUGUAUUUGUGGGGGUUUGUAAGCUACUUUGGGCUUGGUUUGGUUUCUCUUUGAUUCUCUCUGGGCUGCACGUGCUAGAUGACAAACUGCCAUCCUCCUGGUGAACUAAUGGGAGUGAACCACUCUUAACCAGGAGCACUGCAUUAAAGUCACUUGGGUUUCCAACUGUGCUAAUGAGGGUGGGCCUCAUUUAGUUGGACACCUGUAACCAUUCCCCUUCAGGUGUGUGUGACAGCAUCCCUGCAGUGAUACACAAGCUGUAGCCUUAAGUACAAAGCAAUAUUUAUUUGUCUUACACAAAAGAAAGCAUUCUAACAAAAGAUUAAAACUGAAAAAAGCCUUGUAAAGUUUCUUAGAACUUUGUUAAUUCCAUCACCCUGCCCGUAGUGGUCUUUUUGUGCCCAGUUACUCAAAAUGAAUGAUGUUCGCAUACACACAUUUAUCUGUGUAGCACCAGGGCAGCGUUUUCCAUCUUGCUCACCUUUGAUUCAAAAUUCAACGCUGGGAAGAGUGAAUCUUUCUGUUACUGUUGGUGCAGGGGAAGAUUGUAAAACAGGUAGCUUUCUUUCCACGGGUCCUCAAGAAACUAUUUACUGAUGUUUCAUUUCCUGCGUAUUUCUCCAUUUACUGUGCCUGUGUUAUUAACCUGCCCGAACACAGUGGUUACAUCAGAUAACCUGAGGGGCACAUCUGCCUUUCAUUAAAAUGUAACACCCAUCACUGUCAUUGCCAACCAUGUCGUCUUACCAGCUGGGUUGCCAUAAAUUGCUGUGAAAUGCAUGCAGCCUUAACCAGCAGUGAGGAGUGCAUAACUUAACCAUGCAGUCGCUAACCAUCUUAAUAAAUCUAAAUUCACUCUUUGCUGGAGACACUUCAGGGAAAGCAGCUAGCAGCUCCUCCAGCCCGUUAUCCCACGUGGUCACGGUGAUGCGAAGGGGCUGAUGAAAUCGAGAUGAUCAUGACAGACCUUGAAAGAGCAAAUCAGAGGGCAGAGGUGGCUCAGAGAGAGGCAGAGACCUUAAGGGAGCAGCUCUCGUCAGCUAACAAAUCUCUCCAGCUCGCUACGCAGAUCCAGAAGGCACCUGAUGUGGAGCAGGCCAUCGAGGUGCUGACACGGUCCAGCCUGGAAGUAGAACUGGCCGCGAAGGAGCGGGAGAUUGCCCAGCUCGUCGAAGAUGUCCAGAGAUUACAGGGCAGCCUCACCAAGCUGCGGGAGAACUCCAGCAGCCAGAUCUCCCAGCUGGAGCAGCAGCUGACCGCCAAGAACAGCACGCUUAAACAACUGGAAGAAAAACUGAAAGGACAGGCUGAUUAUGAAGAGGUUAAGAAAGAAUUAAAUAUAUUGAAAUCCAUGGAGUUUGCACCACCUGAAAGCUCUGGUGCGCAGGAUGCAUCGAAACCGCUGGAGGUGCUGCUGCUGGAGAAGAACCGCUCGCUGCAGUCCGAGAACGCCACGCUGCGUAUCACAAACAGUGACCUGAGUGGGUCAGCCAGGAGAAAAGGGAAAGACCAGCCUGAGAGUCAGCGUCCUGCAACCUUGCCGGCUUCCCCUCCUUCUCAGUUGCUCCGCAACGCGGGGGAGCAGGCUUCCAAUACUAAUGGUACACACCAGUUCUCACCAACGGGUUUAAGUCAAGACUUUUUCAGCUCAUCCCUGGCAAGCCCCAGCUUACCCCUGGCCUCCACAGGAAAAUUUGCACUAAACUCUCUCCUCCAGCGACAGCUAAUGCAGUCCUUCUACUCCAAGGCAAUGCAGGAAGCAGGAAGCACAAGCAUGAUUUUUUCAACAGGUCCUUACAGCACAAACUCCAUCUCUUCCCAAAGUCCAUUACAACAAAGUCCGGAUGUAAAUGGCAUGGCCCCAUCUCCCAGCCAGUCAGAAAGUGCUGGGAGCAUCUCCGAAGGCGAGGAGAUAGACACAGCCGAAAUUGCACGUCAGGUGAAAGAGCAAUUGAUCAAGCACAAUAUUGGACAGCGGAUAUUUGGACAUUAUGUGUUGGGACUGUCGCAAGGGUCUGUGAGUGAGAUACUAGCCCGGCCAAAGCCAUGGAAUAAACUGACUGUGAGAGGCAAGGAGCCAUUUCAUAAGAUGAAGCAGUUCCUGUCGGACGAGCAGAACAUCUUGGCUCUUCGCAGCAUCCAGGGUAGACAAAGAGAGAAUCCAGGCCAGAACCUGAACAGACUAUUUCAGGAAGUACCGAAACGAAGAAAUGGGUCUGAAGGUAAUAUAACCACACGAAUCCGAACCACAGAGACUGGCUCUGAUGAAGCCAUCAAAUCCAUUCUUGAACAAGCCAAAAGGGAGCUGCAAGUACAGAAAACAGCUGAGCCGGCUCAGCCGCCUUCUGCAUCUAGCAGUGGCAAUUCUGAUGAUGCUAUUCGAUCCAUUCUGCAACAAGCCCGACGCGAAAUGGAGGCACAGCAGGCUGCCCUUGAUCCUGCCUUAAAAACAACACCUUUGUCUCAAGCUGACAUUUCUAUCCUGUCCCCCAAACUAGUAUCUACAUCUACAAUGUCUUCGGUUUCCAGCUAUCCUCCUUUGGCCAUAUCCCUGAAGAAACAUUCAUCUGUUACUGAUUCCAGUAUCUCUGCAUUGCAGAACCUCUCUGGGCUCAAAAAGGAGCCGCAGGAGGCACCUGUUUUAGAGCUUCAUGGAAUAAGUGAUUCUGCCCAGGGUAUGUUGAGGCAUGUUAAAAAUGAGUUGGGACGUGGUGGUGUUUGGAAGGACCAUUGGUGGAAUACUGUGCAGCAUGAGAGAAGAAAUACAGCUCUUCCCGAAGAUGUAAAAGUUGAGGAAGCCAGUGGUGGAAAAGAAAAGGUCAGCAAUCAGACUAGGCCAGAUCGUAGCCAGCUCCAAGGACCAUCUUCUUCAGAGUAUUGGAAAGAGUGGCCAAACGCUGAAUCUCCGUACUCGCAGAGUUCUGAAUUGAGCAUGACUGGGGCGAGUCGCAGUGAGACGCCACAAAAUAGCCCCCUCCCUUCAUCCCCUAUCGUGUCCUUGUCCAAGCCAUCCAAACCUUCAGUUCCUCCUCUGACACCUGAGCAGUAUGAGAUUUAUAUGUACCAGGAAGUGGAUACGAUAGAACUAACGCGGCAGGUCAAAGAAAAGCUAGCAAAGAAUGGCAUCUGCCAAAGGAUCUUUGGGGAAAAGGUAUUGGGGCUGUCCCAAGGAAGUGUCAGUGACAUGCUCUCCAGGCCAAAGCCAUGGAGUAAAUUGACACAAAAAGGCCGAGAACCAUUUAUUCGUAUGCAGCUCUGGUUGAAUGGUGAGCUGGGACAGUGUGUCCUGCCCGCACAAGGGCAGCAACAAGGACAAGUCCUUCACUCUGUGACAUCAUUACAGGAUUCCCUACAGCAGGGAUGUGCAAGCUCAGAAAGCACUCCAAAGACUUCUGCCAGUUGCAGUCCUGCUCCUGAAUCUCCCAUGAGUUCCAGCGAAUCGGUAAAAAGCCUGACAGAAUUGGUACAGCAGCCCUGUCCUUCUAUAGAGACCAGUAAGGAUGGCAAAUCCCAGGAGCCCAGCGAGCCGCCUGCUUCUGAAUCCCAGUCCACGACGCCUUUGCCGCUGUCAGGCCACUCAGCACUCAGCAUCCAAGAGCUGGUCGCUAUGUCCCCGGAGCUGGAUACGUAUGGCAUUACAAAAAGGGUCAAAGAAGUGCUAACGGACAACAAUCUUGGUCAGCGUUUGUUUGGGGAGACAAUCCUGGGGCUGACACAAGGCUCUGUCUCAGACCUGCUGGCUCGCCCGAAGCCCUGGCACAAGCUGAGUCUGAAGGGCCGGGAGCCCUUUGUCCGCAUGCAGCUGUGGCUGAACGAUCCCAACAACGUGGAGAAGCUGAUGGAUAUGAAACGGAUGGAGAAAAAAGCCUACAUGAAGCGGCGACACAGCUCCGUGAGCGACAGUCAGUCGUGCGAGUCCUCCUCCACUGGAAUCGACUACAGCCAGGGCGCCAGCCCGCAGCCUCAGCACCAGCUGAAGAAGCCCCGGGUGGUGCUGGCACCAGAAGAGAAGGAAGCUCUGAAACGAGCCUACCAGCAAAAGCCAUACCCAUCACCAAAAACCAUUGAGGAACUGGCUACGCAGCUCAACUUGAAAACCAGCACCGUGAUCAACUGGUUCCACAAUUACAGGUCUCGCAUCCGCCGGGAGCUGUUCAUCGAGGAGAUCCAAGCGGGAAGCCAGAGCCAGGCCGGGUCGAGCGAUUCUCCUUCGGCGCGAAGCAGCAGAGCCGCCCACAGCUCGGAGGGAGACAGCUGCGAUGGCGUGGACGCGGAGGGCCCACCUGAAGGAAAGCCAAGCGGUCCGGAGGCGGACGAGUACAGCAAUGCAACCACAAAGUCUCAGGGAGGGCAAGCGGAGUCGGCUCUGGAGGCGGGGGAAGAGGCAGUGCCGGGCGCCCGGCCCACAGAGCGAGCGGAGCCGCUCCUCGUGGCGGCCGAGGGCCUGGAGGACACUGACGACGAGGGCAGGCCCAGAGCACCGCGCCAGGGCUCUCCGGCGAGGUCUCAGCGCUCGGGAGAAGCUCCGGAGACACUGCCCAACUCCGCCACGGAAGGGGAUGCCUCUACCUCAGCUGCCUCCACCUCAGUCCUUACAGGGGAGAGCUCCUACAAGUCAAAGGAAAGUUCAGAGAAAAGCUCCAGCGUGCCAAGUACGAGUUCGACGCCGGCCGCAGGCUCGCAGAAAGCCAACUCUCUGCAGAGCUUGUUCAGCUUCUCCGAGGCCGCGAGCUCCAGGAACACACGAGACAGCUCCUUGAGGAAAAAGAAAGCCGCAAACUUGAACAACAUAAUCCACCGCUUGGAGAAGGCCGCCAGUCGGGAAGAGGCUGCCGAGUGGGAGUUUUGAGAUUAAAACUCGCCCAACUCUGGAGAGCUGGGAAGUGAAACUGGACCUCUACUGGUUUUAUUGUGUUGCGCACUUAUCCGCCCUGCGGGCCACAGGGCAAAAACGCCAUAGGCCAAGGUGCAUAUAGAAAACAAAAGGAGCGUUAAGCCCAAUUUAUGUUUGUGUUUUCGAGGAAGAAAACUGAAAUGUGUAGUCGAGCUUUUUUGUACCCUGAAGUGUUUUUAUUAUUGCCCUAAGUGAUUUCCACAGUUUCUGGAAUAACUCAUACAGCUUUGCCUUGUGCCCUCCUCUUUGGUGUGGGCUUUAAAAAAAAAAAAAAAGAAAAACGUUUUAAAAAAAAAAAAAUCGAACCCACGUAUUAAAAGGGGGCUUUUUAUCUGCCAUCUAAUGGCUACAGAGCGAUAAUACACUAUUAUCUUCUUAAACCAGGAAAAAAGGGGAGAUUUUUCAAAAAAAAAAAGAAAAAAAAAAGAAAGUUUUUUGUAGCUGUUCAGUUGCCACUAAGAGAUUGCACAGUCAACCGACUCUAAACACACUAGUUUGGAUUCCUACAUAUUUUCAAGAAAAGAAAAGAAUCUUGUUGUUUGAAACUUUGAAUUAAAAAAAAAAAAAACACAUUUACUCCACAUAUUUUUUAACAAAACAAAAAAAAAAAGUCACAUCAGGAAAAUAUCUUAAUUUGUGGUAGCUGACUUAGUGUUUUCUUGUAAGUGAAAUAGAAUAUUGACACGUAGUGCACAUUGUUUCAUAGCUUUAACUGAUUCUGGUCUUUUGCAGCCCAGAAUUUGUUUAAUACACUCCAUUUUAGGCCAAAUCAGGACAAAAAAAAAAAAAUCUGAAUCUAGGUAUUUUAUAAUCUGCUUUUUAACCUCUAACCACAGAGCACGCUGAUCAGACCUCAUAUCUGGGAGGUUUAGGAGACAACUUAGAAACAGCAUGUACUUGAUCAUUUCACUUGGGUCGUAGUGUACAGGAUUUCCUUUCAGUCAAGUCAGAUUGCUCCAAAAACGUUGGCCAGUAACAUUUCAGCCUGCUUCUUCGGGGACACGCUCCGUGACCCGAAAUGUUCACCUUACCUGGAAUCGAGGGAAGCGUAGUUCAUGUGUACGACUGCUGUCACACCACUAAGGGGACGGGAGCUGCCUCAGAUGGAGAAGUUUUCCUGCUGUAGGUGGCCAUUUACUGACUCUCUUCCCACCGCAAGCACUGAUUUUAAAUAUGUUUUAGUCGUGGGAAGCUUGUUUUUACGUGGAGGAAUAGUACAUGGCAAUGACCAGACAGGCUCUUACCAGGGCAGAAGAGCCCAAACUCCAAACCAAAACGUUGAUGCUCUCCAGUCCCGGUCUCGCCCGUUCUGCCCCGCAGAAAUACAGCCUUUCGCCAUUAUUUUAUGCACAGGUUAGGGCUGAUCAAAGUACAAAUCAAAUUCUAACUUGUCUCUAACUCCUCCUGUUGUCUAUAUGUAUAUGCGUGAGCAUAGAGGUGUGUGGAAGGAUGUGUGUGCGUGAGCGUGUGCGUGCAAUUUUAUACGUCUGUGUAUUUUCUUACGUACUUGUGCACACAUAGAGUGCAUUACUGCCACCUUUUUUCAAUAAGCUGUUUUAUCAGUUAUGGCUUCUACAAGUUUGCUAAUUUAGACUCCUUUAUUGCCAUAUCUUUAAAACUAACAAUAGAUGAUUUCGGAAUAUAUAUAUAUAUAUAAAUAUAUAUAUAUAUAAUUUUUUUUUGCUUAUUUAUAGGUGCUGUAUUUUAUUAUCUGAUUGUUAGGAAGGGAUGAAAGGGGGCAAAUAUUCUUUAGAGGGAUAGACUGCCGGCAGUAUUGGGUAUAAUUUACAAGAUGUAGUUGUCAUACUGUAUAUUAUUGAUUGAAGACUUUUUGACCGUAUUGUGUAUCAUUGAACUUUUGUCUUAGGUCAGCAUCUUUUUGAUGACACUUUAAUGGUGCAUUCAUUACUUCUUAAGUUUAAUUAAUAUUACUUUUCUGAUUUUGGGGGAGGGAGGGAUGGGGAGAGGAGUUCCGACUUUAAAGGUAUGUUCCCAAUAUUACACCUCAGUGUGCUUGUAUUAAUUCAUUAGUAGGAUUUUUGACUGUAAGAUGUGAAACCACAUUUCUUGCAUGAUGUUUUAGAACGUAUGUAUUUCAUUUACAGUCUCUUAACAUGCAACAGCAGCACUUAGUGCAAGUUUCACAAAUUGAGAAUCAGUACACUAAAACCAAUCCUUUUCAUGAUUGAGAAAAGAAGGCUCUAGGAGGCUGAAAGGCAGGGACUCGUUUCCUAUUUCUACUGCUAGCUGUUUCAGGAUACCUCCUUGGGUAGCUGGGGACUUGUGAUGCAAAACUCAAACUGAGGAGCAGAGAGAGCAACUGCCCCUUUCUGUGAUGAGCUGAGGAGAUGGUUUGUAAGAGCAAACACCGGCGUGUGACAGUGCUGGAAGCGAUUCCGGCUUCUUAUCUGGAGUGCAGUUAGCCCACAGGAAUGGCCAGCGAGGGAAAUAACGUGGUGAAGCAGAGUGGCACCUCUCUGUGUCUGUACAGUGGUUUGACUUACAAAGCACAGCUCCAUCUGUAAAUGCACGUCCUGGCAAAAGUAUGCAUACCUUAAUACGAGUCACAACAAGAUGUGUCUUCAGCCACGGAGCAAAGCUUCUGACAAGAAGACACAGAUAUUUUCGUAUGUUCUUAAUAUUUUUUUUUUUUAAUUGUUGUUGUUCGGUUCAGGUUGGGUUUUUUAAUUAAUUCUGGGCAAUCCGUUUGCCAGUCUGGUUCUACUGUCCUUGUCUGCUGAUUGGAGAUCCAGGUGCUUGAUGCAGCCAAGUGGUUACUCUCGGCUUUCUCGAUAGGGAGGGUUUUUUUUUCUGUUUGAUUUAUUUUUUUAAAUUAAUAUUCCCCAAACUGUUCUUGUGCCUGUGUCUAUAUAAUUGCAUUCCAUAAUGCUUACUGAGAGCUCUUGCUGCAUUAUCCGACAGCAGAACUGUAUUCACAGGUUGAACACAAAUGCAGCAUUUAAGGUCAAUCUCUCUUCUUAAUAAGCAAUACGUAAGUGCCUUGAAACUUGUUAUCUUUUCUUUUCCUGUUCGUUUUUGGGUUGCUUUUCAGACUUCCACUAGUUCUUUAGGGUUCCUUAGCGUCUGCCCGGUUUUUAAUGCUAUAAUGGUUUUUUAAAAGCAUAUCUGUAGCUUGCCCUAGAGGAAAUGUUUCUUUUAUAACACUAACUGUUAAUUCUGAGCUCCAUUAUUCCAUUCGAAUCAUGUAAUUUUGCUGGAUAAAGACAGCAUUCCUAAGUCAGAAGUCACUCCAUCCUGCCAAGGGUUGUCACUGGUAUCUAUUAAAAAAAAUUAAUCAAAUAAAAUGCUGUCAGUAUUUCCAAUAUUUUUGGCACUUUAUUAAUGACUUAGCUCCUUUUGUUGUUUCGUAUGUCAUGAUCUGCGUUGAAUGUGGAUUAGCCUGCUGAGAUGCUUGGGGGGUGCCCCGGCUGGGCGUCACUCCGCUCCCCUCGUGGCCGCGUUGUGCAGGGGCACGGGCAGACCGACACCCCCGGGCCGAGCUCCUAGAGUCGAAGCGAUGUGCCCAGCUUUUUGUUCCCCGUUUUUAGCCAAGACCGCAGCUGCUUUUCUGUUCCAGUGGAAAGUAAAUGGAUUAGCUUGAACUACUGCUGAGAUUCUCUUGCUGGAGAUGAGCUACCUACUGGCUUUCCAAACAGUCCGAGACCUCCCUGCUUUAGAGACUCAACUUCAGCAACGCUGAAAGAUGUUAGCUAUAUCUCUUAUCUAGUGCGGCAUUUGAAAGUAACGCUUCUAGGAAGAUGUAUAUUGGGGUCGUUUUUUCAUUUGGUGAACAGAUGAGGAUAAAAAAGUUGUAGGAGAAGAAAUGCCAAAGAGUAGCACUGGGGCUUUUUGUGUUCUUCAGUCACGGGAAGGCGAGAGGUGGCACUUAGGGACAUGGGGUAGGGGCUGUCCCAUGGCACCAUCGCUCUGUGGAGCGCGGAGCCUGGGAGCAAGGCACUCACUGCCAGCGUUUCUUUUCCCAGUGGAUAAAAGCACAGACUGCAGAAAACCUGUAAUCCCAGAGCCUGGUUUUAUCUUGAGGUUCUUCAAAAAUAUUUUUAUUUUCUCUUUCUGUUUCCAGUUCCGCGUUCUUACUAAAGCUGUGGGUGAAGGGCCUAGGCUAUUUUAACACAAAUGCCUUUGUAUUGCAGCAGAACUUGUUUUUCUCUCUGGGUGGCUGGGGAAGGAGAAAGGUCCAAUACUUGGUUUAGCUGAAAGGUAGGGAAGAGCAUCCCUUGGAGAGGAUGGGAUUGUCAUACAUGGGAUUGUCGGUACGCUUCCGUUUUUGAGGAUACAGACUUCAGGCAAGGAGACUGCACGUUAUAAUUGGCAGAAAUGUCUCUAAUUAGAGUUGCUGUUGAUGCUGUAAAAUAUGACCGUUUUAUUUAUUCAUCUGUAAAAUGUCUGUAGAUAGAGCCAGUCCUUAAAGGAACCUCUAUGAGUGCACUGUGUCCAUACCGUGAAUUAGUGAAUCCUUCAGUAGGAACUCCUUGCUGUAAUAAGAAAGAUCUAUCAUAGAGUUAAAGAGAAGAAAAUACAUGUGCCUUUCUCAUAAGGUGAAAGAUCCUUGCGUUAUUUCUAUCUAACUUGUUCAUAUGGGAAUGGUGAAGAGAAGGGGGUUAAUGAACGUGGCAGAAUUCUAUGCAAUAUUCCCUGUCCAAUUACUGAAGAGUGGCUGUUUUUCAGUCCUUUAGUAGGAGAAAUAGGGAGCUAGACAAGUGCAUCGUUCUGGUGGUAGCUCAAACUAUAGAGGUGAUACAUUUACAUAAAAUAGGGUUGAGGGAAAUCUGACAAAGUAAUAAAAAUUACUUGGUUUUGAACAUUUCUUUGCACUUAAAUCCAAACCAGUUUAUUUAAACUGAAAUCAUAGAGUCGUGGAAUAUCCUGGGUUGGAAGGGGCCCCCAGGGAUCAUUGAGUCCAAGUCCAAAAGGUUGCAGUGAGCCGGAGCAGUGCCUUUAGCAAGGUUGCAAAGAGAGCAGUCAUCUCCCUGAGCGAUUUGUUGCGUGCAGAUGGAGGGCACUAUUUUUGCUUCGUGUCUUUCUAACACCAAUCUCAAACGCUCUCCUAUUACUUCUUCAUCAGUGUACAUAUCCUAGAAUAUUCCCUGUCCUAGAGCCGCCGCGUGGCUGAGCCCUGUGCUGUGAGCGUUCCUUGAAGACUAUCAGAAACACGGGAGGAAGAGAGAAGUUGGUCCUUAGGUGGGGGAACCUGAUUUCACAUUCACGGACACACAUGCAGUGUGUGCUGGGGUGGUGAGACGAGCUGCUCACAUCCUCGUGGUGCUCAGGAGUGUGGCUCACACGGCUGGCACGGCUGUGGGGCAGCGCUCAGCUCACCCACACGUUGGCCUGCUGCGUUCCCCUUGCACUUUCUGCUGCCCCACAAUUGGAACGUCAACGUUUUCUUCCUUUGCGUUGCAUAUACAAUCAGCUUUUUUUCUUCUUCUUUUUUUAAAUAGAGAAUUUAAAAAUUCUGUUUGAGCAAAGUUUUUUUUUGUUCCUUUUUUUGUUGUUGUUGUUUUUUCCAGCUGUUUAAAAUCUUGCCAGAUGGUUUAAAUUGCAAUCGCUGGCUUUGAAAGCACAAAAUCUUAACUUUCUUUUCUGACACUCAGCUGUCUUAGUUGAAGAAGUGACCGAGUGGUCCCUGUCUCUUUCCCUGUGUGCAUUUGAGCUUUGACAUGUAGAAAUAUUAUUUCAUGAAUUAAUUCUUUCCUCCCCACCCCUUUUGUAGGGUGCAUUGACUAUGCCAUAUGUAAAAUAUAGCUGUUAAUGAUCUUUAAAGCGAGACAAGCCCUUUGUGCUAUGCCUAGGAACUAAUCUGUCCUACAUGACUAGGUCAUGUCCUGUACCCUGCCCUGUGAAUAUGCAAGGAUACUGAGCUUCUGUGCUCCAAAGGUGAGGUUUAUCCUUUUGGAGAAGGUUAGCAUGAGGCUGUGCACUUGAGUUUUCAAAAAGGCCUUAAAACUAGGUGUGUGAGUGGUGCCAUCCCCUCCUCAGGGAUGAUUUCUCCCAGUCAAGCGGUUCUGCAGCAUAUGUGAUGCAAUUACUGGAUGGAAGGUUGUUUCCCAGCAGGAGGAAGUCAUUCAUUGCAGUGUUAGCAGCGAGAGCCUCUGGUGCAGCCAAGGACCCAAACCCUCCACGUGACAGCCCUUGCCUGCCCAGGGAAGUUUGCAUUUCUGCAGCUGUUUUGUGAAUGAAAUUUAAAUCAGAUCUGAUGCCCGGUGUUGGUUUGCCAUUGCUAGGCGCAGACAUGCUCAGGCACAAAAGUGCAUUAAAGUGAGAUGUCUGCUUUUAAAAAAUUAAUGAGAUUAUUGUAUUUUCCCUUGUCCAGCUAUUCCACAAAGGACAGUUUCUGCCAUUGUUCAGGCUUGCUUUAUUCACGUGGAUGCCAGUAGAGGAGUUUUGUCACAGUGCUGUAGAUUAGGUAACACUAAAGUUGUUGGUUUCGUGAUGCUGUUUCAGUUUGUUGAAACAGUCGUGUGCAGACUAAAUUCUUAACCACAGCAAAAUAAUGCAGGGAGCAGGGGGUGCCUCCAGUCCCCAUGACAUCACGUCUUCAAGUUUUGUUUAUAGAGCCACUUGUACGACGUGGUACAAUACUCAUCCAAAGAGCCAUGGAAGCGGAGAGUCAGGCCAGGAAUUCCUGCUCGUGGUGACAUUGCUGGGGGUGGCAUGGUUACUGUGUAACGUGUCGUAAUGUUCGUAGCAGCACAGCCUCUCUGUCGGUAGCAAGAAUAGCAGUGUUGAGUUCCGUUGUCAUUUUCCAUCUAUGCGGGUAAUUAAUAUGCAUUUUUUGGAGUUUUUAAGUGUCUACAUAAGUGUUUCCAUAGGGAGAAAGCCCCUCUGUAUGUGUAGCAUUGACGUGCUUGGCAUCAAUAGAACUGCUGCAGCCAGAUACGUGAAAUCAUUCGGGGCACAAGUGAGCAGAGGCAUAAAACCAAUAUGUAUUAUAAUGCAUAGGAUGCUGCUUUCCUGCUUGUCAGACAAGUUCCAUGUUGUACAUGCGGAAUCAUCCAUCGGAGAGGUCGGAUUUCUUGAGAUUUGUGGGUUUUGCUCACCUGGGUAGGGAAGAGAUUGCGUUCAGAAUACAUAUGAAUAAUUCUGAGGGUCUGAGAUGUGCCAGAGCCAGGUGGUUCAAAAUUUGGAGUCAAGCUGUGUCUGUAACAUCCCCCUUCAACACAGCCUGCAGGAAAUUCAUAUGAUGGACGCUUGCUCAAGUCACAUGUAUUCUUCUGUAUCUGAGUACAGUGGGAAGGUGAAGAGUUUGCCAUGUACUUAGAAAAGUGCAAAAACAGCCGAUUGGGUACACAAAGCCAAGUAAUGAAUAUGAGCACGUGGCUCAGUCUUGCUCUCCAUGAGCUGAAUAUUCAAGCACUCUGUGGAACGAGACUGAAAUUCUGUGUUACGCCGUUCCUCUCCGAGGGCACGCGUCUGUGUUGGGAAGAGAAGAAGUAAAACCCGGCACUUGACUUGCUCCGAAGUACAAUCCUAUCCCCAAGUAACGAACAUUGUCCCUACAAUCAGUCCCUCAGUCAGACCUCUCUGGCUUUUGUUAGCUUCCCUUUUAGAGCCCUCCUACUAUUUUGACGCGUGAUCUAUGUGAGUAAAUUAUUACUAGCUUUAAAAGUGUUUCCAAAGUACCUGGUUACCUCUGGAUGCUUGCACAGCUGCGCAGCGGUACCCGAGCUCCAGCGUGCGGGCAGUCGGCAAGGUCACCUCCGGGUCCUGGUCCUUGUUCCUCCGUCAGGGCUUCCAGUUCCUUCCACCUGCAGGGAGUGGGGAUGAGAAGAGUUUAGUUUAGUUUGGAAUGCUUUAUUUUGAUUCAGCGGGCGUGUCGUCAGGAUUCUGUACGCUACUGCAUUUCCCGUUCAGUUUUCAGUUCUCGCUACUUUCCUAAAAUUCACUCUUGAACAAACUUUCUAUACUCGGAAAGCUAUGUGCCUUAUUUUCUAAUCUCUUCGUGGAGAAUAAUCUAAAGCACAGUGAUCUCGAUGGCAGCAUUCACAGCCACCUGCUUGUCAUUUAGUGUGGGAAAGGAAACGCCAACUGAGGAGCGAUUCGUGGCCCAGCGCUCGUUGUUCUCUUGCUGAUGAGCACUUCAAGCACUGUGCAUUACGUCUUUGUGCAAUAGAAAUUCUCAUUCUGCAUCCGGAGGUCGUUGGCUCAUCCAAUGAGCGUAGGCGAGCGGUAGCGUAGAGAACUCGGGUUCCCAAAAACAAGCCUGCCUGGGUUGGCUCCGGCAGCAGGGUUGGUUCUGGGCUUGGAAAGAAAGGUUGCAAGGCAAAACCUGCCUGGUUUGUGCUCGCGGUCUGCCAGCGUUCAGGAGCUGCUCGUGGGCUCCGGCCAUUGCUGCUGGUGCCAUGUUGGUGCCAUUGGCCAUCCUUACUGGUGCCAUUGGCCAUCCUUACUGGUGCCACUUGCCAUCCUUCGUGGUUGGCACCGCAGUUCAUCCCAGUCCUCACCCAGUCGUUACAAACAGGCUUCCACCCGCCAGCGCCCUCAGCCCUUAGCAGCACUCGUGUGUCAUCCUCCAAGCUUGCUCUCUCUACAGCAUCCUAAGGUGUAACACACAAAGGCGGUUUGUCGUUAGGAAAACCAUGUCGUAUUUCCUAUUUAUGAGAUUGAUUUUGUCAGUUUCUUCGUUGAGGUUUGUUUUUAUUGGAUAUAAACACAGCAGGAGCAUACAUAUCCUGCAGCUGGACGUUGGAUGGAGCGGGGUGCUGGCGGCUUGUCUGAGUAUCCAUAUCAUUGUGCCCCUGUUGUGUUUCUUAGAGCAAUCAUUUUUUUUUUUUUUAAAGAUGUUUUAUCUAAAUGCCUAAUAAAUAAUAUUAUUUAAAUAGUUUUAAAGUAAUUUAGGACUGAGAAUAAGAAGCCUCAGUGGUGAGAGAAGAGACUUAAAAUAUACAGAGAGAGAAAAUCCCCUUAGCCUCCUAGAGCCUCUACUGAGAAUGUCAUGAAGACGCAGUGCCCCCUGUCCGAGCACGCUGCCAUCUCCUGCAGGGCUGAUGUAAAACGAGAGACUGGUUUCCUGUGACGUUCAUCUUGGUUGGCAUAGGUUUGAAUUUCUGCAUUCAGAGCCGGUUUUCUUCUCCUUCGAAGUUGGUCGAGAUCGAAAACGACAAAAAAAAAAA